AUGACAGAGACAUUGAAUGUCCUAGUCAAAGACGGAUCAAGUGUAGGCGCUUAUACACUUGAUCUGAUUGCGCCUCCGAAGUUAACUUCGGAGAUCACUCAGUUGCCAACGCUCGAACACAAAAGGUUCUUGCGUGAUCUGCGUAGUGGCAAAGUCAAGCAGAUCUGCGUUCUCGUCGCUGACGACGAGUGUGUAGCCGACAUAAGGUCAGCAACAGUGUUUACUGAGAACGAGAGAGUUCUCAGUAGUUCAUCUAUGGACGAGAGUGUCCUAGAUGAAAAGACACGAAUUGAGCGAUAUGACUCCCAAUCAUGGGAAUCGCUCAAGACAAAUCCUCUCUAUGAAGAUUUGGUUGAAUUCAAGGAUGUAUUCCCUGAAACUGUUCCGUGCGAAUUACCGAAGGAUAAAGGUAUUCGACACGAAGUCGAGCUUAAACCGGGCUCAAAGUACUGUGUCAUGAAGCAGUGGCCACUGCCUCGUGAACAAGUACUUGCGAUCGACAAGUUCUUUGCCGAUCGUUUAGCAGCGGACCAUGUGAGGGAAUCAACUUCCCCACAUAGCUCUCCGACCUUCUGUGUGCGAAAAGAAACAGGAGGGUGGCGGAUAGUGCACGCGUUCAACAAAUUGAAUGCUGCAACGGUACCGGCUCAGACGCCGAUACCGAGGAAGGACGUAAUCAUUGAUGGUAUGUCAAAGAGUACCAUCUUUUCGUCCAUGGAUUUGAUGGAUGGCUUCUAUCAAAUCCUUAUGCGAGAACGGGAUAUACCCUAUACCGCAGUGAGCACGCCUAGCGGCAUGCUCUGGGAAUGGCUAGUAAUGCCACAAGGGCUCAGUAAUGCCCCUGCCACGUUCAACAGAUGUGUAUCACAUCUGUUGAGACCAGUAUGA